GUGGCGCGGCGGCUCUCCGGAAGUGGCGAGCUCAGAUAUGGGCGCGUAGAGAUGUUCAGUGUUUUGAGGAAAGUGUGCUGGAGGAGAGGCGUGUGCACGAGACAUCCCGCGCCCGCGCCGCGCGUCCGCUUCGCUCCGAGUCCCACAGGGUUUCUGCAUCUCGGGGGUCUCCGCACAGCGCUCUAUAACUAUCUGUUCGCCAAGCAGCGCGGCGGCACCUUCAUCCUGCGGCUGGAGGACACUGACCAGAGCCGCCUGAUACCUGGAGCUGCAGACGAUAUAGAGGACAUGCUGGAGUGGGCAGGCAUCCCGCCGGACGAGAGCCGCCGUAGAGGAGGGGGUUAUGGGCCGUAUGUUCAGUCCGAGCGACUGCAGCUCUACUCGCAGGCGGCGUCUGCUCUGCUGCAGACGGGACACGCCUAUUACUGCUUCUGCUCCAAUCAGAGGCUGGAUCUGCUGAAGAGAGAGGCCCAGCGCAGCGGACAGGUGCCGCGGUAUGAUAACCGCUGUCGAGAGCUGCCGCCGGAGCAGGUGCAGCAGAAGCUGGCUCAGGGCAUUCCGUGUGUGAUCCGCUUCAAGCUGGUCUCCGGCGCAGAGGUGUUCCAGGACCUGGUCUUCAGCUGGACGCGGCACGAUCCGGCGGCAGCGGAGGGAGAUCCGGUCAUCCUGAAGGCCGACGGCUUCCCCACCUAUCACCUGGCCAGCGUGGUGGACGACCACGCUAUGCGCAUCAGUCACGUGCUACGCGGCUCUGAGUGGCUGAUCUCCACCGCCAAACACCUCCAGCUGUUCCGCGCACUGCGCUGGAUGCCGCCCACUUACGCACACCUGCCGCUGCUGCUCAACCGCGAUGGUACCAAGCUGUCCAAGAGACAGGGAGACAUCUUCGUCCAGCGCUUCCGAGAGCAGGGCGUGCUGCCCGAGACCCUGCUGGACAUCGUCACUCACGCCGGAUCCGGCUUCAGUGAUAAUUGGAUCGGUCGGCGUUUGGAUGAAUUAGUUUGCAAGUUUAACAUUUCCAAGAUCACGACGCACUCGGCUCUGCUGGAUCUGGACAAACUAGACGAGUUCAGCAGGGUUCAUCUGCAGCACAGGAUCGAGGAUGAGGAGAGGUGCGCUGUGCUGCGGGAUGAGCUGCGUCAGCAGGUUCUUCACAUACACGGCUCUCGGAUCAGCGACUGCACCGUCCUGGAGCCGCACUACAUGCAGAGAGUCCUGCAGCUGCGCAAGGGUCACGUCUGCUCUCUGCGAGAGCUACUCAAUGACACGCAUACAUACCUGUGGAUCCGGCCGCGAGUCACGCGGCAGCAGCUGCAGGAAGUGAGCGCAGAGGUGGAUGACAUCGCAGCAGCAGUCAUACAGCUGGUGGCGUCCGGCGGCUCGUUCGAGUCCACAGAGCAUCUGAACACUGAGCUCAAACUCAUCGCCAGCAGACUGAAGCACACCAAAUACAGCGGAGGGAUGAGAGUGCUGAGACUCGCUCUGAGCGCGCAACAGCAGGGUCCCAGUGUGGCGGAGAUGAUGCUUUCUCUGGGAGAACAGGAGGUGUGUGUUCGCCUUCAGAAAGCUCUGGAACACUGACUGAACAAACACGGCGACUUGAUCGGUUUAAUUAAGGGGAUGUAAAUACUGAUCUGUGGUUCGUGUUUUAAUCAGAACAUCUGCAGUUAUAAAGGAGCGAGACGACAAAUGCUUUCCGUCUUUGUUGAGGCUCUUCUUAUGGUCACCUAAUGCUUUAAAAGAAACAUGUUCAACUCGUAAAGAAAACAUCCCAUAAUAAGA